AACGUUAUAAGGUUAUAGAUGAACAGAUUGUUUUACUGCAAUAUAUACAUCGCGAUUUUGGUAAAAUUUAUUCUGUGGAUUUUUUUUAAAUGGUGUGUGAUAUUAAUAUAUGGAGAAAAUACUUAGCGAAGUAUAAUAACAUGUGUGGCCGCUUGUUUUGGUCACAUGACGUGUUUCCGUGACGUCAUCACUAUGGCUGCCAUUGUUGAAAAAUGGGAAAGUCAGUUGAUCGACGUUAAAAAUGCAGGAUUACCUCAGCCCCGUGAAGUGUAACGCGAUCAUUUAGACCACACAAUACUUGAAAAUGGUUUCAGCUAUAUUAUCGCGUCUUGUUAUAUUGGUGUUUGGGACCCUCUAUCCAGCCUACGCAUCAUACAAAGCUGUCAGGACCAAGAAUGUCAAAGAAUAUGUCAAAUGGAUGAUGUACUGGAUAGUAUUUGCACUAUUUACUUCCUUUGAAACAGUUUCUGACGUCUUUCUGUCAUGGAUGCCAUUCUACUAUGAAGUAAAGAUACUUUUCGUGCUGUGGAUGCUAUCUCCCAUGACUAAUGGAUCCAGCUUCCUUUUCAAGAAGUUUGUCCACCCUCAUCUUGCACGCCGUGAAAAGGAUAUUGAUGAGAUGAUUGCCCAGGCUCGAAAUCAGAGCUAUACAGCUCUCUUACGGCUUGGCAGCAGGGGAAUCACCUAUGCCUCUCAGGUGGUUGUCAAGACAGCACUCAUGGGUCAGUCCAAGCUUGUGGAUCAUCUAAGGAGAAGUUACAGCACCAGUGAUCUGUCCAAUGAUGGAGGUCAGUUGGUACCACGGCAUCGACCUAUUGGAGAUGAGGAUGAAGAUGAACUUGACAAUCGGUGGAAAGAAGACAACGAAGAACUUGAAAACCGCACUCGACAAGGUGUCCACAUGAAGCGAUCAAGCAGCACUUCUUCAGGUGGUCUGCACAUCUUGAAGGAGGAGGAGGAAGAAGAGGAGGAGGAGGUCACUAUUACAGAAACAUUCACCAUCCCAGUCACUACAAGACAUUUCUAUUCACCAAAAGAGCUUGCAGGUCAUGGGGAGACCUUGGGAUUGUCCACUCGCUCAUCCUCCGAACCUAUUGGUAGUGGGGAAUUUGAGGCUCCCCUUGCCUCAUCACACCACUACCGCUCGGGCUCUUGGUCUAGUCCAGCCAGGGAUAGCAAUGCAGGUGACGGUGGGACCGGACAGUUGAGCAAGCGCUCUCGAUCAGGUUCCCUCGCUCACAGUAGCAGCAGCAGCAGCGGAAAUAGUAGCUGGCUCAGUGCCUCAGCUUCAGCUUUGUUAGCACACUACCGGAGCACCAGCGGGAGCUUGGGUGGCAGGACCGGCAGCUACGGCAGCACAUCCUCUCUAGCAUCCUCUCUGUCUACACCCCCGUCAUCCUUGUCUGCCUCCUCCUUGCCCUUGUACCACUCUGCAGGCUAUGCCAGUUCUGACCUGACACACAGGCGCCGAUGGGGGUCAUGGUCAAGCCCUGGCUCUCGCUUGCAUUCAUCUAGCAAGCGCUGAACAGCAGACUGGCCAUCUCUUUUGCUGGCUUUCUUCAGCCUGAACACCACAAUUGGCCAGCAAAAACAAAUCAACACCUAUGGCACCAUACCACGUUCCAGAGUUCGCACCCGCUCAUCUAGGAAGACAGUUGUGUGAAGAUGUAAUUUAGACGGAUGUCUUUGGUACUACCCAACAUGAGGCAUUGACACUGGCUGUAGAUAUUUCUGAUGUCUUCCUGUGGGGCAUGUGCACAAAUACAUUAAGCACAACUUAUUGGUGAACAGAAGUGACAUAACUGUGCUACCCACAAAUCUUUCGAUGAAGCCUGCAAGCUUUCUUUGGAUGGUUGCUGGCUAACAAGAACCAAAUGUGUUUGUGUAGGAAAGUUGAGGACACAGUGUUUGCAUGUGUUUUGUGUGAAGAUUGUCUGUGGAUUGAAAUGCAGGUGAUUAAAAUACACUUCCUUUGUGUUUAAGCCAUGUAGAAAUUACACUUUUUUGGGAGGUUGUGGGGUUUGGGAGAAGACAAUUCCUUUUAAAUCUUAAAUGCUGAAGGUUUUGGGGAGGGGUUGUGUGGUUUGGUUUCUUUAGCAUGUUCCCACAGUCUAGUUAAUAUGCAAUUUUUGAUAUUUGUUCAGAAGACAGAUAAUGAUUUUUAUUUUUGUCUUUUCAUCAUUUUCUGGACUACUGGCUGUAGUAUAUUCAAUUUGGAUUUUUUUAAGCAUAGCAUGAAAGUAUGCAUUUGUGUACACAUGAUAAAAGCUGUAGAUUAGGCUAUGAUUUCCUGAGUGGCAGAUUGUAGUUCACUUUCCUUGACUCUGACAUUCUGGAAUUAGUUUAGUGGGUGGUCUUGAAAGAUGUAUUAUUUACUUGAUCAGGCAAAUAUAUAGAAAUGGACAACAUUCUAUACUAUGGUCUGAAUGUGACUGAAUUCAGAGCUUAAAUUGUAAAAUAAUAGUUGCUUUAUUUUUUAAGCCACCAUAUGCAACUGCAGUACAAAACUUUAUCACAGUGCAUUUUCCUUGCUUAAUACCCUUGCCUACAUAUGUUUUCAGUUUUUCUUUUCUCAUUCUAUCAUUUUGUUAUCCUUACAGCUUUAAGACAUAACAAACCAAGAAAUCUUUUGGCUUACUAAUUUAAAUAUUGCAGCUGUAUACUUUUCAAAUUGGGGAUGUUGUUUAUAUGUUAACAGUUGAUUAUACAAGUUCUGAAGAUCUUUGUCAUUUGACAUUUUUAUGCACAUAUAUGAUUAAAUUUGAGCAUUUACAGUAAAUUUAUUCUAUAAACUGUUUUCAUAUUUCAGAUAUUCAUGGUUAGAUCUAGCUGAACUUAAACACACAUUUAAUCUUUGCAGUUUCAAAAUCCCUUCUUAUUUAUUUCAAAAAGAACUACUUUUGAUGUUAUAAAUGUUUUGAAGAGGCAUGAUGUCAUUCUCUGAACCUGCAGUCUUCAUAGAAACCAGUAAGACAUUCAUACCAAACAAUCAGAAGUCUUUGAAGUAAUAUCCAGUAAGGGUUCAUGGCUUCAUCAUCAUUAUCACGAAACACUGUCACUUGCAUAGACCUUCUCCCCUUUACUCAUUACUCAACAGCUAAUGCAAGAGAUGUGUUAACUAAAUUGAGUGAGUGAAUGAAUGGGAUAAAACAUUCAAACUUUGCAUGAUUUUUGUUUUCCUAUACCUACACAACAUAGAUCUGGGCAUCAAGGCAUUCACACCGUCAUUUCUUGUUCAUUAUAAUCCAGGCUUUAUUGGUGGAGGCAAGCUCUUUCAUGCAAGUACAAGCAUAUGGUUAAAGAAACAGUACAGUCUGUCUGGGUUUUGGUUUUGUGUCUGUAUCUGAGUGCAUGGUCAUGAAAUUGUGGAUUUCUUUUAUAGCUCUGAAGGUGAUCAGUGUCUACUUGGCUUUCUUAAAGAAACUUUUUAUAUGCAUUUUUGUUAUGAAUUCCAACAUUAGCAUCUGCUUAGACAAAGUUGUAUAAUGUGCCACUUAAGUGUAAACUUGAUGUUGUGUUCUGUUUCCAUGAUUUUCGCUCAGACAGGCAAUCAGCGUCUGCUAUUUUGUAUUUAUAUUUUUUGUUACUGUUAUAUUGCAGAGCAACACUCUUCUCUUGUAAUGGUUUGUUUUUGGCAUUCCUUUUCCCCUAUUCUGUUUAUUUCGUAAGUUCUGCAGUGUCUUUUCAGUGUUGUUUCUGUAAUUACAAAAGAACCUAACAACAUGAUUAUUCAAAUGAGAUAUGGAUAAAUCUUUUGGAAACAUCAGUGAGAGAUUUCCAGCAAUGCUAGAAAAUAUCGGUAGAAGAAGAAAAAGUAGCAAAACAUUUCUAAUACUGGAAUAUUUUCAGGGUAAGAGUUGACUUCACAUGAAGCAAAUGUAGCAUGCCUUUUUUUGUCAGAACUUUCAGUGCAUGUUAUGUUGCUGUCAUUGAGUAUGCUAAUUAAUUAUACAGUGAUGCACUGCUCUACAGGUACUUUUUCCUGGUAUAGAAGCCAGUACCGACAGAACAUUCCGGAUAUAUUUAUAUAUUUAUACACUUGCAGCUCUUCCUCACGUCAACCUCAUUGCCAAAGUCAUAGAAUCUUCUUCCUCCUUCCCUAAUUUUGUUUGCCUCUGUUCCCUUAUCUUCUUUCUUUAUUGUUUUGUAAUUUUUGAUUUCGUCAUUUCUUUUUGUGUGUUUUUGUUACUUUUGAGAAAAUCUGCUGAAGAUAAGCAGGAUGGACUUUUGUGUCCUCUCCUAGCAGGUGCUAAGCCUGUCAAGCAUGUGGUCUCAUUUGGUGGGAAACUUGCAUGCUAUGCCAACUUGCGUGAAAAGUUUCCGAAAAUUCCAAUAUUUUUUAGCUUAAGUGACAAGGGCUUUCCUAAGUUUGAGCCACUGACUGUUAUUUUAUGAUUUUGUUAAAUAUAAAACAUGCUUGCAUUGGGAAAUAACCUCCAGUUUUCUGCUGUUACACAAUGAGGGAAUCGUCACUAAAGGAAAACAAACAAAAUUGGAAUCUGCAGUAAAUGAUGGAGAAGCAAGGUGACAAAGCCAACCUAUGCAUAAAAUUUUCUCUUGAGGGAAUUUAAAGUAGUCCCCUACUUAUGAACAUUUGAAUUACAAACUUGGGUGCAAAUUUGUCCUUAAGCUCAAAAGUAGUACCUAAGGAUUGUCUUCAAAUUUAAAGUAAGGAUAGUUCACUUGUCCACCUAGUGGCGGCGGCAGGAGGGAGCAUGGGUACACACGUCCUAAACAACAGUUCUCUCUCACUGUACCCACGCGGUCUAAUCCUAAAGUGUGCUCACUAGAAAAAUUUGAUUUUGUGUUUAUUUUCAGAAGUUUUUUGCUCCUGGUAAGCAUUCUAAUAUGUAAUUAUAGCCUGUUCAUAAGUUGGGGACAACAGGGGUGCCCAAACUAUGGCCUGCAAAAGGUGCCUCAUGCAGCCUGCCUGCUCAUUUUAACCAGGCACAACAUAAUUUCAUUUUUAACAUCAUGAUUCUGGCAAAACCACCAUUUUCUGGUCCGCGAGAUAUAUCAUGUCCAGUGUAGCCCUCGGGCGAGAAAAAGGUUGAGCACCACUGGUAUAGAUAUAUUUUUUAUUCACCUGGUUGUGGUACAGUUAAAAGUGUUUAUGUUCACCUAGUUAUGGUAGAUUAGUGACACCACACAGGUUGCAGAUAAAAGGCACUUAAAGUCAAUGGUUUUUGUUCAGUAAAUAUAAAUUCCCCUUGCUGAAAAGAUAGUCUUCUUUGCCAAGGACUGGGUUUUACUAGAUGAUUACCUGAGCAUCGGCAUGAACACAGCAAGCUGAACAUGGAUCGUGCAACUGCACUUAAGCUUGUCUGAGGAGUACUAUUGUUCUGUUUCAGAGAAGUUAAAAAUGUCAUUCACUGAAUCAGUAUUUGUAAUACAAUCACAGUAAAUGAUCAGUGCCAUUUUUAAGAGAGAAAUCCAUCAGCCAUGUAAAUCUUGGUAGUUACUGCAUAUGGUUUGGCUGUAAAAGUGUUCAUUCUAGCUUAACCUUUUGCACAGAUGAUAAUUUGGUGUGUCUGAACAGGUAGUGCUCGUUUUUACACAUUUUGUUUUAUAAACUCUGAUAGUCCAUAAGAAGAUUAAAAAUAAUUCCUAGGAAUGGUGGUUUUUAUAAAUAUUCUGCUGAUAAGCCACUCACUUAUCAUGAUCUGGCACAGUGGUAUUGACAAUAACAGUUUUUCAGAGCAUUGUUAUUACCAGCUGCUUUUUGUUACACCUUGGUUAGGGCAGGGAGCUCUUAUGUAGUUGUGACAAGUGUGCAACGAACAGGUUUAUUAUAGGCUGUUGAAUACAUAUCACAAUCUGAUAAUCCUAGUAACCUAUGCAUGACUCAAGGCUUCUUUAGACCUAUUAUCACAGUGCAUAUGCCUGUAAGUUUGAGUGCUUUUAAUGAGCUUGCUAGUGAAAAAAUAAGUUGCUGAAGUGUUUUUAUAAUUUCUGUCUUUUAUUCCAUGCUGUAGCAUAUAGCUAUAUGCUAUUUUAUGUCUUACCUAGACAUAAGAGGCACACUUCAGAAGGAUAAAAGGUUGCUGGGGAUGCACAUAUCACAAACCUGUCUCUUAACUCUUUACUAUUUUCUUUCUUGCUCAUCCAGUAAGCAGAUGUGGCUUUUCGAUUCUGUAUGUUGUACUAAAAUGUAAAGAGUUAACAAAACUGUCUCUAGAGCUCUUCUCACCCUAUCUUUAUUGCCAAGGUUGUUAUGAAGGCAAACUUCUAUGUGGACAUUUUUCAUAUUUUUGUUACUGCUGUGAAGGCGAAAAAAAGCAAACAGGGAUAUUAAUAAAAAUGUAUGUAUUGCACUUGAUGUACAUGUGGUCGUACUCACAAUGAAGUGAUUGUUGAAGGGAACAAUUAUGGUAUGGCUCAAACAGGUGAAUCUUGAGAAUCCAAGAGAGAGAAUGCAAUAGAAUAGGAGCAUACCAUAUGUUUUGGGGAAAAUGCAGUUGUGCAGAAGUGGUAUUUUUCAUUGAGAAAUUUGGAUUACAUUUGAUCAGCACUUUAUACACAUGACUGUUGUAAAAUGAAAGCUUUAUGAGUAUGGCAUAUGUAGUGGGGCUACUUUCAGGAUUUUUAUUAUGAGGCAUUCAUUUAAUAUAACCUUGAAUCUAAGGCAUACGCUGGUUGGUGUUUUGUGAUGUGUAUAGCUGCAGUAGAUUUAGCAUGACAAAUUCAAAAGCUUAAAGUUUAUUGGGUUAAACAAAGGAUUUCUGCUUGUUAUAACUAUCACAUAAGAAAACAUUUCAAAAUGGAAGAUUAGCAUAAAUUUCUGACACCAGCAUUAUAUAGUUGUUUCAUAGCUGUAUAAAUGUAUAAUUUUAUCACAAAGUGUCAUGCAGUCCAGCAUGAUUUAUGUAAACAAUUUCUUGGCUGAACUUUUUUAAGAUCUUGCAUGUAAUUUUCAAAUUUUUUUUAACACACUGGGAGCUGUGGUUGUGAGAGCACUCUAGCCAUAGAAAAAUCUUAUGAAGAAUGAGUAUUUAAGCACACAAUAAAAAGAUCUGUUAUUGCCAAAAAAACAACAAGCACAUCAGCUUGGGUUUCUUUGGACAUUAUAAUGAAUGUGAUCUUGCAUGUCUGUGAUAUCUUGAUGUGGUUGGAAAGUGACAUAUCCUGCAAAUUUAAAGUCUCUAGGCUUAUGCAUCUUGUAUUUAAGUUAAUCAUAAGAUCAUCAGAAAUAGCCCAAAAUUUGCUAGAGAAAACAUGCAAAAAUUGUCAGAGGUCAACAUGCAUGCAUUAUGAAUGAUGCCUAAACUAUCGAGACACCUAUGCCAGAAAAGUUUUCUCAAGCCUAAACAUCGGUUUGGUCUUCCAUCUUUGUGAUAGAGGACUGUAGGUGCCCUCUGUUGAGUGGAGUAGGAUCUUUUGUUCCGAUUUAUUCUUGCUUAUCCCCAGAAGUAUGAAAGACAUUUACUUUCCUUUAAGCACGCCCAUACCUCAUCAUGUGCCUUGUGCUUCCAGCGCCAUUUUGCAUGAGAGCCGAUCAGUGACAUCAUCUUUCUUAAUCAAGAGGUGAUAAUGAUUGUACAAACUUGAACCUUUUCUUUUACACUGUACUGUAUUUUCUCGGCGAUCUUUCACAAGGGAUGGUGUGUUUGAAAUAUUGAAAGCUUGACAAAGAUUAAUAAAUGCAGUUUUUGACAC